AUGGCCAACAAUAAUGAACUGACCCGAUACAAUAAUGAAGAGAUCCGGAUCGUGAUGGUGGGCAAGACCAGAGCUGGGAAGAGCGCCACAGGAAACACCAUCCUGGGAAAGGAAACAUUUAUAUCAAGGUUCUCCUUUAAAUCUGUGACCGAAGGCUGCGCUAAGGCGUAUGGUGAGCUGGAUGGACAGAAGGUUUCUGUCAUCGACACUCCAGGUCUGUUUGACACUGAUACUGAUGAGGAGACGACACGUAAAAAUAUAAUCCAGUGUAUGGCUUAUGCUUCUCCUGGACCCCAUAUCUUUCUGAUUGUCAUCAAACUGGACCGAUUCACAGAAGAAGAAAAGAAGACGGUGGAGAAGAUUCAGAAAAUCUUUGGAGAGGAAGCAAACAAAUACAGCAUGGUUCUCUUUACCCAUGGUGACCAGCUCAGAGGGAAACCUAUCGAAGAGAUCUUGACGGAAAGCGAAGACCUGCAGGAGCUUGUGACCAAAUGUAACGGCCAGUACCACGUCUUUGAUAACAACCUCUCUGAUAGUUCUCAGACCAGAGAGCUGCUCAACAAGAUCAGAAAUAUAACAGGGUGGAACAGAGGAUACCAUUACACCACUGAGAUGUUUCAGAAGGUAGAGAGGGCGAUUGAAGAGGAGAUACAGAGAAUCCUGAAAGAGAAUGAGCAAAUGCACAAAGAGACGGAGGAACUAAUGAGGAAAAUAGAGGAAAACUCUCCUUCACCCUCACACUCCUGCACGCAGCCUCCGUUCCUCAAAAGCCAACCUCCUAUCUCCCCCUCUUAG